GUCGUCUAUAUAGUAGCAUAGAGUAUAUAGCAUUCAACUGGGUCUUUGUUUAUCAACAAAACAAAUUGAAAUAUAUAUGUACAACGAAUACUUUUCUUUAUCUGCCUAGCAAACGCUCCUGUUAUUUUUGAAAAAUUAGCUUUAUUGAGUGCAAAUCGUAGAGAUCUUCUUGAGAGGAGUCAUGGCCGAUGAUGAAGAUAAACCAAAGAAGCACACCUUGGACACUCUUUUUACGGUGUAUGCCAAUCACCAGGUAAUACCCACGGAAAUCGAGAACGAGACGUUCGAUAGCAUUCUGCUCUCGCAACUAGAUGCCUGGCUGGAGCAGGCCAAGCUUAUGCCGACUCCCAUAUCACGCACCCAAACGGGUCUCAUCUACAUGCGUUAUAAGAAAUGGCGCUUGGAGUAUGAAGACUUUCUGGAGGUCUUGCAGCAAUUGGCCUUCGAUAACGACAUUUACCUGGAUGAAAUGAAGCAGAUUAUGAUCGAUGCUGGUGUUCCAUCUGGCGAUACCGUAGUGGUCUUAGUCAAAUAGUUGAAAUUAUCGUGCAGAACUGCAGUUUAUUUAUUUACAUAAAAAAAUGUAUGCGUAAAACAAUUAAAUU